UAACAUUUUUGUGGAGCUCUGUGAUUGGUCGUCAUUUCUGCAUAUAUUGGUCGCGACCCUUUUUGAUCUCAGUUAGUGGUUUCUGGGCCCAGGCAUGAUCUUACUGGUGUUACAUACUUUGCUGUUGAGUUAUGUCUGCGGUCAUGAGAUUUGGUUUUCCGAAACGUUUCCUAAUGAAAAAUCUAUUGAAAGCUGGGUCGCGUCGACCCACAAUGGCGACAAACAAGGAGAAUUUAAGAUAGAAGCUGGAAAAUCUCCGAUUGAUCCGAUCGAAAGCUUAGGCUUAAAACUACACAAGAUGCUAAGUUCUACGGCAUAGCACGGAAGCUAGAAAAGCCUUUUAGUAACCGUGAUAAGACUCUCGUCGUUCAGUUUACUGUCAAAUUCGACAAAACAGUCAGCUGUGGAGGAGCUUACAUAAAGCUCCUGGGGUCUGACAUUGAUCCAAAAUCAUUUCACGGGGAAACUCCUUACAAAAUAAUGUUCGGUCCUGAUAUAUGUGGUAUGGCUACAAAGAAAGUACAUGUCAUCUUCAAUUACAAAGGCCAGAAUUAUCUCAUCAAGAAAGAGAUUUCCUGCAGAGAUGACUUGAAGACACAUCUGUACACAUUGAUUGUUAAUCCCAACAAUACAUACGAGGUUUUGAUCGACAAUGACAGUGUUGAGCAAGGCUCAUUGGAAGAUGACUGGGAUAUGCUUCUUCCGAAGAAGAUUGAUGACCCUAAUGAUAAAAAACCUUCAGAUUGGGUGGAUGAUGAGUAUAUCGAUGACCCAGACGAUAAAAAACCAGAAGAUUGGGACCAACCAAAAAUGAUACCUGAUAUGGAUGCCAAAAAACCUGAUGAUUGGGACGACGCGAUGGAUGGUGAAUGGGAACGUCCUCAAAAGGAUAAUCCUGAUUAUAAAGGGGAGUGGAGCCCGAGACGUAUACUGAAUCCCAAGUACAAAGGAGAGUGGAAACCCGCCCAAAUAGAUAAUCCAGAUUACAAACCCGACCCUGAGUUAUAUAUACAGGACGACAUUGGUUACGUUGGUUUUGACCUUUGGCAAGUUGAUUCAGGGUCUAUUUUUGACAAUAUUUUGAUUACUGACAGUGCCGAGUUCGCCAAACAACAGGGCGAUCAACACUGGAGAAAACGGUAUGAUGCUGAAAUGGCUAAAGACCAGUCAGCUGAUAAAGAUUCAGACAAAGACACUGCUGCCACCGAAAAGGUUGAAGAUACCAAAGAAGGAUUCGACUUCAAACCUGAAGACACUGAUAAAUCGGAUGAAGAGGCGCCCGGUGAUCAUGAUGAACUGUAAAAUUUCGUACGGGCAGUGAGAACAAUUUAUUUUCUUUUUUUUUUUACUAGGACCCCUCCUCUUAAACCUGUACAUUCAUUAUACUGCUUCGUUAAUAUACAUUGUUGUGAGUUU